AUGCCAGUUAAUCCCGGAAAUACGGCCAAACGGUCAGUGUGCGACGAUGAUGCGCAAGAUGAGUUUCAAAUGGAGUCAGAACUACGUCGUCUGCAGCGCCAGCUUCAUGUUAUGGAAGGCGACAGACGCGCUUACAGCGAGGAGUCGUGCAACUUGCUCAGGAAACAACAAGCUGAGAUCGAGGCUUUGCACGCUGAAAGUGAGGAGAUUGGGAAGGUGUUGCGACUUGCAAGAAGUGAGCGAAACCAGGGCGGCGAGAGCCGAGACAUCGAGCGUCUUCUCAACCUGAUCGACCGCCUGGACGAAUGCAAGCGUAUGUAUAGAGAUGAGGAGCGAGAGACCAAACAGCUCGACACUGAAAUACAGAACGUGCAAGAGCUUAUAGCUCAGGAACGGAAGUUGGUAGGAAGCGUUUCAGAGCAGGACUCGCAGGUCAUCGUCUCCAAGCGUCUGCGCGUCACUGAAAACAGACUGGACCAGGAGCUGAUCAAGUUCAAUAAGCAGCUGGCGACGAAUGCGCGCCUGCGAGAGGAGCUUGACCAUCUGCGACAAGAGAAGGCUGUGUUUGACGCCAUAUACCGCCGACUUACGGGCCAGCUAGAGGACACCAAGCGCAAUAUUAGCGACUGUAUCACACAGGCCUCGCACGCGUACGAUGAAAGGGACGAGGCGCAGACGAAGAUGAUCGCGCUGAAGGAGCGGUCAGACAAAGACAAUGCGCAACAGGAAGUGGAAAUGAAGGAACUCCUGCGCAUCAUCAGGCACGAUGACCGCCUCAAGGAGUUCAUGGGCGUCAAGUCACAGGACCGCGCCGACCUUCGCGAGGAAGAGCACGCCAAGAAGAUGAAGGGCAAAACAAGCACAGACGGGGACUCUGACAUGGAGAAGCACACCAUCCGGCAGCUGGAGGAUGCGUUCGCGAGAAUCACGGCCGCUACUGGCGAGGGCGACAUCGGCACGAUCGUGGCUGACUAUAUCCGCAAAGAAGACCAGAACUUCGCCCUGUACAACUUUGUGAAUGAGCAGAACGACGCUGUGGAAGCGCUGCAGGAGGAGAUAUCGGCCUUGCAGACGGAGAUCGCCCGUUUCCGGGAUGACGAAGUCAAGUUCGAGCAGAACAGGCACACGAUGAUCAGGGAAAUGGAGAUUACGGCUGAGCGUUACUGCCAGGAGAUGGAGGAGGCGGACAAGAAGAACACGGUCAUCUGUAAGGUGCUCGACGAAAUACGGGUCGCAGUAGAAAAUCUCUUCAAGGAGGCGGGCUGCGACUCCAGCACGAUCUGCGACAUGUUGGGGAGUGAGCAGGGUGUGACGUACAAGAACAUCUUGCAGUACAUGGGCCUCAUUGAACAGCGGACCAUGGAGCUUAUCAAGAUACAACAGUACAUCCAGAUGAAGAAGGAGCCUCCGAAGCAGGAGCGGAAGGACGGGAAGUCUGGCCCGGCCACACCGGCCUCCCAGAACAGCCGACGGGCCAGCCCCCGCUACACACAGAUCGCCAUCGUCCCUCCACACACAGGCGAAGAGGAGGAAUUGCUGGAUGAGAGCGAGUUGCGGCCCCUGACAAGGAAAGAGAUAAAGGACAUGGUGAUGAAGAACCUGGGCUCAAGGAUUGUCGGCGCCGGGGACCAGCGCAAAAGGUCCGGGAAACGCAACAAGCAGACGACAAACGCUUACAACUAAACUGACAUAUUGGAUGAUUGGGAGGGAUGAUGCCUUACCGUCAGUCCAGCA